CUCAGCGUUGACUACUUCAGCGUCUUCAGCAACGACUCAUGGUCGGACCUUGACCCAUUUGGCUCUCACCACAGCCACUACCAUACCGCAUUCGAGGAGGCAAUUCCACUCUGCAUUGAUUUCUGCGCGUCCUCGACGUCGAGUUGGUCCUAUGGGCAACCUUUGAAGCAUGCAAUGUCCUACGCAAUUUAAUUCCAUUUCUUCAGGUGCACCACAAGGACGAUCACUUCUGCGAUGAGCAAUAAUGCAGGUUCCAACACACAUGCAGGAGCCGGUAAAGACAAGUCCAGCGCCAAAAAUGUCACACCGCUCGCCUCCCCCAGCAGCCAUUUCCAGGUCACCCCUCCAGGCAUAGCCUACCUGCAGUACUCGCUCGAACACGAACCGGAGUACCUCUGUCAGAUCCGCGACUUGAUCACCAAAGAUCUCUCCGAGCCUUACAGUAUCUAUGUCUACCGAUAUUUUCUCUACCAGUGGGCAGAACUGUGCUUCUUGGCGGUUGACACGACAGACAGCAAUAAGCUGGCUGGAGUGGUCAUCUGCAAACUAGAGCAACACAGAGGAGGUCCGAUGAGAGGAUACAUUGCAAUGCUGGCCACAAAAGAGGGGUUUCGGGGCAAAGGGAUUGCCAAAACACUAGUCAGCAAAGCCAUUGACCUGAUGAUCGAGAAAGAUGCGGACGAAAUCGCCCUUGAGACUGAGGAGACCAAUACUGCUGCCAUAAAGUUGUAUGAGAGAUUGGGAUUUCUUCGCAGCAAGAGAUUGCACCGGUACUAUCUCAACGGAAAUAGUGCGUACAGGCUAUUACUUUACCUUAAGGAGGGCGUGGGGAGUAUUCAGACAGAUUAUGACCCAUAUCAUGAUCUUCCUCCUAGUGCGCAGGACGACCCAGGAUAUCAACAUGACCAUGGUCCACAUGAUAUUCAUUCACAUAGCAUUGUUUGAGAUCAAGGCGCUUUGGUAUAGAUUACAUGUCUUCAUAGACAACCUCCAAUCCAUUCCUCCCAUCUUG